AUAACUUAUGUCGUGAGGAACCGUUGAGCAUUAGAAGGCACAAUUUUUUAGAUUUUGACGAUUUUUCUUAUCCGCCACUGUGCACGCACGGUUAAAAUGUCCAGUUAAAUAUCUGGUUCGGUUGGAACUGGGCUUUUUGGCCAUGAUGGACGACAAAUGUGAGAGAAAUUUGUAAAAAAUUUCAGGUGAAGAUUUAAGAUGCAGAAAAGUAAUGCUGAUAAACAGGUUGUUCAGAAUUUUCCUGCAACAAGUGAUCAGCAGAAUGUUGCAGUCUUUCCUUCAGUGGUAACAUCUGACAGUGCAUUAAGUACAGAUCAGCCAACUACUGUACUGUCUGGGGGAUUGUAUCCUACCACAGUCACCUUCACCUUACCAAGGAAUAGCUCAACUACAGAUAAGCCAUUACUAAUCUCUAAUGCAUCUCUGUCUAAUACCCGUUUGGUGUCACCUCAAACUAUAAAUCUGAUUCACCAAUUGCCAACAGGUAUUGUUGGCUUAUCGACAGUGUCUGCACCAGGUGUGCAAUUCUUGCAGACUUCAGGCACCCCUCUCACAUUUGUUACAUCAAAUCCCGGGACUGCUGCUGCUAUUGAACAACAGCAAACAGCUAGGCUUCUUCAACAUAAGCUUCAGUCUGGCUCAGUGUCAAGCAGUGGCAGUACUAUCCAUCACUUGGCCACAGCAAGUCCUGCCAACCAUGUUUCCAACCAGAAUACUAAACAGAAUUUAAGUAUGAGUGCCUUGCAACAGUCACCCACUGGUGCAGGUCAGAAAAGAAAUAAUUCUGUCGCUGGUGCUAUGAUGAUAGCAACAUCUUUACCAUCUUCAAAUUCAAACACCAAUAUAGUAACGAUGAGUAGUGAUUUAAAACUAUUCACCUUGCCACAGCGGUCAGAUUCACCCACCUCAACAGGACCUUCUCCCAAAAAAAUUAAACUUGAACAGAAGCCUGCUCCUAAUAAAGAAGUAGAUGAAUUUAGGUCCUCUGUUUGCUCACACAAAAGGCGUCUUAUGCAAGAAAUAAAAGGAAGGUACAGGGAGCACUUAACAGAACUUUUUUAUUUACAAGGUGGGGGAAAUAUAACAGAGUUCCAUACAUGGAAAAAGCGGCCAACUCAGCCUUUGCUUAACUUUCUAGAGGGUAGCAAACUUGAUAGUGAUGAUGAUGAUGAGUUGUUAGAGAAGAGAAUCAAUGACGAGGUUAAGGUGCUGACCAGUGUAGGCAGUAAUGUUCCACUAGCCACCCCAGUGGCCAUAUCCACUACGCUUCCACCAUCAGUAUCAGCCUUGAAUCAGCAAGCUGUAAAUUCAUCAACAACAGCUGUGAAUCUGGCCAGCACAUCAUUACCAAUGACUUCAUCUUCAGAGCUUCAGCAUCAUUUGACUAAAAUGAUUGAUAUAAAACCAAGUGCACAGAUAUUGAAGUCUGGUAUUUCAUCGGGGCAAUCACUAUCUGCAAAGAACCAGAAAACUACAAGUGUAUCACCAAGUAGGUCCAGACAACAGUCUAUAUCUUCUGUUUACGAAAGUGUUACGGGGGGAUCUCAAGAUGUCAUAGUAGAAAGAGCCAAACAGGAAGCACAAGUAUUGCAGCGAGUAAAUGAACUGAGGAAAGAAGGUCUUUGGUCUGCUAAAAGGCUGCCAAGGGUUCAAGAGCCACCACGACAAAAGGCUCACUGGGAUUAUUUAUUGGAAGAAAUGACAUGGUUAGCUGCAGAUUUUAUUCAGGAAAGGAAAUGGAAGAAGGCUGCAUCCAAAAAGCUUGCAAGGAUGGUUUCAAAUCACUUCAGGGAACAAGAACAAAAAGAAAUGAGGGCAGAGAAAGAAGAGGCCAUCAAACUUAAAAAAAUAGCUAGCCAGAUGGCAAAGAUGGUUAAAGAGUUUUGGACAAAUAUAGAGAAGGUUGUACAAUACAAACAGACCCAGAGGCUUGAAGAAAAGAAAAAAAAAGCACUUGAUCUCCAUCUUAGUUUUAUUGUUGACCAAACUGAGAAAUAUUCAUCUUGGUUAACGGAAGGUUUACAGAAAGCUGAAGGUAGCAGAACAUCCUCAGAUGUAGAGUUUUCAAUUGACAGUGGGGAUGAAUUUCAACCAGUUGGUACAGCUAGUGAUGAUGAGGAAACAAUUGAAAGAGAAGAAAUAGAAUCUGGCUUAGAUGAAAAUGCUACUAAGAGGGAAGUUGAAGAACUGCAAAAAGAGAGUGAACUACCAUUGGAAGAGCUUUUGAAAACUUUACCUAAGGAGAUGCUAGAUGAGCCAUCAAGUCAAAUUCCUUUUGAUUAUGAAAGUAGUGAAGAGUCUAUUGGUUCUAAGGAGCAAGACACUGAUUUCAAUAUUGAAGAUGAAGAUGAAGACGAUGUAGAAGAAACAAUUGAAGAACAAGAAACUCAUGAGAAGAAAGAUUAUACUGUUGAAUUGGAUGAUCUGAAAGCUGAAGGUGAAAUGAGUGUUGAAGAACUACUUAAAAAAUAUUCUGGUGCAUAUGAAGAAGAUUUGAAAGUUCCAGAGGAAUCAUCAGAAGAUGAAGAAAGUAGUGGAGAUAGUGAUGAGGAUAUUACAGAGUCUGAAAAGGAGUCCUCAGCUGAAGAGGAAGAAGAAAUGGUACAAGAGAAAGCUAAUGAAAAUGAAGACCCUGUAAAGAAGGAAGAUUUUGGUUUAGAAUUUUUAGUAAAGGAGGAAGAAAAAACUCAGGCUAUUGAAUGCAGUACUGAAGGUCCUGGGAAAGAGUUUAAUGAUAUUGCAGCUGCUGCCCAAAGCUUACAGCCCAAAGGCUACACACUGGAAACAACAGAGGUGAAAACUAAAGUGCCUUUUUUGUUGAAACAUACAUUGAGAGAAUAUCAGCAUGUUGGCUUGGACUGGUUAGCUACCAUGCAUGAUAAAAGGUUGAAUGGAAUUCUAGCUGAUGAAAUGGGAUUAGGAAAAACUAUUCAAACCAUUGCUAUGUUAGCACAUUUAGCCUGUGACAAAGGGAUUUGGGGACCACAUCUUAUUGUUGUACCUACUAGUGUUAUGUUGAAUUGGGAAAUGGAGUUCAAGAAAUGGUGUCCAGCUUUUAAAAUUCUUACAUACUAUGGCAGUAUUAAAGAAAGAAAGCUCAAAAGACAGGGCUGGACGAAAACAAAUGCAUUCCAUGUAUGUAUUACCUCUUAUAAACUUGUGGUUCAGGAUCAUCAAGCAUUCCGGAGAAAAAAAUGGAAAUAUUUUAUAUUAGAUGAGGCCCAAAACAUAAAAAAUUUCAAGUCACAGCGCUGGCAAAUGCUGCUCAAUUUUUCAAGUCAGCGGCGUCUGUUGUUAACAGGAACUCCACUUCAAAAUUCGCUCAUGGAAUUGUGGUCAUUAAUGCAUUUUCUUAUGCCUAAUGUGUUCCAGUCCCAUUCUGAAUUCAAAGAAUGGUUUUCAAAUCCUCUUACUGGAAUGAUUGAGGGUAGUCAAGAAUAUAAUGAGAGUCUGGUGCGACGCUUGCACAAGGUUUUGAGGCCUUUUCUUCUAAGACGUUUAAAAAAUGAAGUAGAGAAGCAGAUGCCUCAGAAGUUUGAGCAUGUUGUCAUGUGUAGAUUAUCUAAGAGACAAAGAUUUCUUUAUGAUGAUUUCAUGUCACAGACAAAGACUAAAGAAACAUUAGCUACUGGUCAUUUUAUGAGUGUUAUAAACAUACUAAUGCAACUAAGGAAGGUAUGUAAUCAUCCAGAUCUGUUCGAUCCUCGACCUAUUGUCUCACCAUUUAAGAUGGAAGGUAUUGUUUACAGUACAGCAUCUUUAGUCACAAGAAUUUUGGAGUAUGAUCCAUUACGGGAUAUCGAUUUAUAUUCGCUGUACCCUAACUUGGCAGAAAUGGAAUGUGAUCUUCCAGCAUUUGUUGCUCAAAGGGUAAAACAGCUAAAAGCCACUGGAAAAAUGAUACAAGAAGUUGACAAUCUGGCUGAUCCCCCAACUCGUCUACCACUUGGAACUUUAAAAAACAUUAAAACAUUUCCUUCUUUGGCCCCACAGAUGGCUAGACUUUCAACAACAAUCACAUCUGCUAGCACACUGUCAGAUACUGCAUCUCCAGCUAAGACAGCAAUCACAACAGUGCAAUCAACUCCUACAACUGUUAAUAGUAUAAAGCUGCUGUUACCACCAUCUUCAUCCUCAACUCAACAAACUAUUUUGAUACCUAAUCCAAAUGGAUCAGGCCCUCCUAUCAUCUUGCCAUUGUCUUCCAUUUCAUCAUCAUCCACAUCUGCAGCUAUUGCCCAGGCAAAAUUAAUUUCUUCUCAGCUGCAAAGUGGUGUUCUGCAACUUGUGCAAACAUCAACAGGCCAUCAAAUUCUUACAACAGCCAGCAUUACCUCUUCUUCAUCACUUUCUUCAGUAACCACAACUUCAGCAUUAUCUUCAACACCUUUGUCCACCACAAGUAAUACUAAUGUUUCUCUAUUGAAGCUGUCAACAGUUCAUUCACAACAGAAACCAGUUAUGAGAGUGUCACCAUUUGUUAUAUCUGCUGGUGAUGUUAAACCUUUAAGCCCUCUCAAUCCUCCUCAAACAGCUGUGAUUCCUAGCACUAAUCUCAAAACAGAUAGUCAACCCAUAAAACUAGUACCCAAAAAGCCAAUGAAAAAGUCUGAACUUUUCUUGGAAUCCUUGUAUCGCAAAAAAGAGGAACGUAGGCAACAUAUUUUAGCUCUCAUGUCAAGAUUGAAUCAAUCAAGAUGUGAUAGAUUUCCAGUUUAUGGACCAGACACACACGACACUGUAAACUGUGUGAAAAGCCUAGAUGCUGGAAAUUGCUCUACACCUCACCCAUCUAGUUGUGUGACCAAUUUGGCAUGUGAUGUUUGGCGAAAGCAUGGAUAUGUUGAUUGCUUAUUUGCACAGAAUCGUUUAAUAAAUCACAAUUAUCCUGAUGUUUUUUGGAGAGAAUGUUCACAUUUAAAGCAAAUAGUUAAUUCUCCUGAAGAAUGGCUUUCAGAAUUGACAGAUGUUCUUUCAAGGUUUGUUUUUGUGACACCGACUGUGAUCUCCCCUGCUGUGUCCCUGAGAGUUUCUUGUCCAGAUCCAUCACAUUUAUCAAAGAUGAACUGGAUGGAAGCAAAACUUAGACCAGUUAUAGUUGAAAAGUCUGCCAAUUUACAUCCCAUUCAAUCAAGGACAAUGGUUACAUUCCCAGAGCUUAGGCUUAUUCAAUAUGAUUGCGGAAAACUGCAGACAUUAGAUCUUUUGCUACGACAGUUAAAAUCUGGUCAACAUCGUGUUCUAAUAUUUACUCAGAUGACGAAAAUGCUAGAUGUUUUAGAAUCAUUUCUUAAUUUUCAUGGACAUAGAUAUUUGAGGCUUGAUGGAACUACAAAAGUGGAACAAAGACAGUAUCUUAUGGACCGCUUCAAUGCAGAUCCUCGCAUAUUCUGCUUCAUACUUUCCACUAGAUCUGGAGGAAUAGGUGUUAAUCUUACUGGUGCAGAUACAGUAGUAUUUUAUGACAGUGAUUGGAAUCCAACUAUGGAUGCUCAAGCUCAAGACAGAUGUCAUAGGAUUGGUCAGACAAGAGAUGUUCACAUUUACAGACUUGUUAGUGAAAUGACAGUAGAAGAAAAUAUUCUCAAGAAAGCAAAUCAAAAAAGAUUACUUGGGGAUUUGGCUAUUGAGGGAGGAAAUUUCACAACAGCAUUUUUCAAAGAGCAAACAAUAACUGACCUGUUUGCUGAACCUUCUGGUCUUGAAUCACUUGUUGAAGAUAAAGAAAGAGAAAAGGAAGCAAAGGAGAAAGACAGAGAGGCAAAGCUAGCUGCUUUAAAACAAGAAAGGGAAAAUGAGGAAAAACGUGAAAGGGAAGAAAGCAAAAAAGAAGCAGCCAUGUUAUCACAGUUUGAGCAGGCGCUGUGCAAAGCAGAGGAUGAGACGGAUGCACUUGCUGCCACUCAAGUCCAAGCAGAACAAAAAGCUGAAUUGGCUGAAUUUGAUGAAAACAUUCCAUGGGAUGAGAGAGAAGCUGACAUUAGAAAAGAAGAGGAAGAAGUAUCUAGGGUUGAGAUUGAACUGGCAAUGAUAGACAAAGAGCUAACACCAAUAGAACGUUACGCUGUAACAGUUAUGGAAGCUCAGAUGGAACCAGAGACCGCAGAAGAGCUAAAAAUAGCUGAGGAAGAUAUUGAGAAUUCUAAGAAGGACUGGGAGUUGGCGAGGUUGAAAGCUUUGAAAGAAGAAGAGGAAAGAAGAGCAGAAUUAGAAGAAGAUGAAAUGCUCUACAUCUACUCUAAGGAUGAGUCACAGAUGUUCGUCUCUGGUUUUGAUGGAGCUGAAAUGCCCAUGUGGUGUCCUCCAACUCCCCCACAAGAUGAUAAUGAUAUUUACAUGGAUGAGACCUUAUCAUUCUUAUAUGAGCCACGUGUCAUGCCAGAACAAACAUUGCCACCUGUUUAUGUGCCCAAAGCACACAAGAAACCAAAGACAGAAGCAAUCACUACUCGCAAACAGAAACAGCGUAAAGAAGAACAGCCUAGAGUACCGAGAUCUUUAUUUGAUAAACCAAAAGAAGUGGUCAUGAAGCAAAGAAGAGAUGCCAAGAUGCAGAGAUUAAGACAAAAUUUGCAACUGUACUUUCAUUUAAUAUUCACCAAGCAGGUAUCAACAAAAAUAAUGCCAGGCAGGGCACCUUUGGGUCAGCAGCAACAGCAGCAACAACCACCCCCUCCCACUCCCGUUGUUGCCAAACCAGAACCAGAUCCCAAUUAUCCAGAAUGGCUGGUUCAUGAAGAAUGGGCACUGUUAGAGGCUGUGCAACACAUACAAAAGCUGAACCCUGACUUGCUGAUUGACAAUCCAGCACAAAUAGUGAAUUGGGAUUUUGUUUCUGACUUUGUCAGUGUGGUAGGCCGUAUUUUCCGUGCAGCUAAACAUUGCAGAUACCAAUAUGAGUAUGUUGUGUUACCACGAGAAGAUGGCAAGAUACUCUACAAUUUAAAACAGAAGAAAACACCCAAAAGUAUUUAUAAGUCAAAAAAUACAAGACCACUGAGGACUGAACAGCUGUACUCACAAGAAGGCUUGAAAAACUUUUCUCAGCUGUUUGACAUUCGCUUUGCUGCUAUGACAGAAAUUGGUACUAAAAGACCAGCUGCCAUGAGACAAACCAUAGUUAACCCAGCAGCAAAACCAACCAAGCAUGCAGCCAUAUUGGCAGAUAAUGGUAUCAACUAUGACAGCCCCAUGUUGCCUAGUCAACUUGCAGCAAAACGUGCAGAGAGAAUAGCCCUGGAUAAAAAGAAGCAGCAACAAGCAGCAGCAGCACAAGCACAGGCUGCUUCAGCAAAUGCUGCAGCUCAAGAUGCAACAGUUGCUGCUCAGAGGCCAGUCCAAGCUGCCAUUGUUGCCACUGGGGUAACUCCAGCAAUCCAGGGUCAGCAACUCUCAUCCAUUGUUUCUGUUACACCAACUACAAUUAUAGCAGGUCAAGUUCCAAAAGUUGCUACAGUUGGUCCAGGUUUGACAGCUGUUUCUAUCGCCAGAACACUUGGGGCUGCUGCUGGUAACAUCAUUGUCAAUGCAGGAUUGCAAUCUGGCCCUUUUGCUGCGAUCAACAAACGGAUGUCUCAAGCCUCUUUACCAUCUACUAUUGCUGUUUCUGCAAAUCUAACUCCAACAAUUCGUGGGCAGCGGCCAGCAGUGGCAGGUACACCUACCAUAACCAUGCAAGAUCUAGGUGUAACAGGUGUCACUUCAACAGCAGUCACAGUGGCAGCUCAGGCUGCAGCUGCUAGGUCUGCCCUGCAGACUACUGUAGCCUCAAGCUUGGCUGCUGGUCAGAAACUGGCUGCAUUAACUGCUACUGCUACAACUCUUCAGCCUCAACUUGUUCAGACCCGCAAUUUAACCCCUCAACAAAUAAACAUAUUGCGCCAACAAAAUCAGUCUAUCAUUCGUGCUCAGGCAGCAACAGGCACACAGCAAAUACGUGGCCAGAAGUUACUGACCACUGACCAACUCAGAGCACAGCAAAUUAAACAACAUCCUAAAGUUAUUACACAACAGUUAUUAGUACCAUUUAGAGGACACUCUAUCCUGUCAAAGCAAGGGCUAUUGCGUGCAACUGCGACCAUACCUAAAAUGACAGAUGAGCAGCUUCAAGCUCUCAGAAUGAGGACACAAAUACAAACUCAGCAAGGAAAACAGUCUACAUCUUAUUCCUUGUUCCAGCUUCAAACAGCCCAAAUUGUGCAAGGUCAGGUGGCUACCAUUAACCCAACAGGUGCAAGUCCAUCACAAACACCUGUUGCUUUAGUCAAGUCGGUGUCAGCAUCUCCUGCUGUCACUGUUCCUGUGACUAUUCCUGUCACUGCCAUUAAUGUGGCCACCCAAAGAACUGUAGUUGCUGCAUCCCGAGCAACAACAGUCAGUCAGAUUCAGCAACAACGCAUGCAGCUUCUUCAACAACAACAGCGCAAAGUUGGUGCCCAGCAAAAAGUAGCAGGAUUAGCUACUGGGAAACCAGGGCAGCAAAUACCUUUACUGAUCAACCAACAUACAAAGUUGAAUACUGUCCUGGCUGGCAACCAAAUCCUCCAUCAAAUUGGUCUUGUAAACAAGCAGCUCAUAACUCAUGGCGCACAACCUACUAUAAUAACACAGGUGUCUCAAGCUGGGGGCCAGCCCAUACAGCAAGUUGUAGCCAAGGUUUCACUCCAGUCUGGUAAUCAGACCAUUGCUGCUGGUACACCUAUAACAGUCACUCAUGUUAGCUCCACUGGUAACUUGGGUCUAGCUGGCCAAGGUGCUGUUAAAACUGCAACAAUCACUUCUCUUGAUGGCGGAACUUCAGGAAUUCAGGUCCAUUCAGUUCAACCUGGACAGAAAUCUGUUUCUGGCUUGCCUCAGAACAUACAGACAGUACAGGUGCAACAGGUCACGAGUGCACAAGGAACAUCAUAUUUACAGGUGACUCCUAGCACUGUCCAAUCACAGUCCACAUCACAACAGCCUCAACAACAAACUACAGUGACAUUGCCUGCAAGUCUUGUUGCUGCAACUCUUAGACCCACCGCAACAACUCUACCAUCAACCUCUCGGUCUCAGACACCCACACAAAUCAGCCUUGUCCCUGCCUCCACACCAACUUCAGUAACAGCAACUAUUUCAGCAGUUCAGGUUCAAGCUGCCACACCAGCAAUUGAUGUGACAUCCUCAACCCAAGUCAUUGCCCAAAAUGUGCCUACUCCUGCUGCUAUGGCAACAGUUGUUACACAAACUAGUCAGCCAGACUCUGCACAAGGGGCAGCUCAGAAAGCAUCACCCUAUGCCAUGAGGACUAGAAACACAAAACAUUAAGCCACAUUUUCUUGUAAAUAUCAUUGGGACCAAAUGGAAGUUGCAAAUUUAUGUCACCCACAUCUUUAGAAUGUUGUAUAAACUUGUAUAUAUUGUACUCUCUGCGUAAUAGUAGACAUCAAUGUUAUAUAAUCAGCAAUUAUUUGCUAGUUUGAAUGUUAUGUAAGCAAAUUGAAAUGUAUCACUUGUACCUUUUGAACUCAGUUGUAUGUUGUUUUUAUUAAUAAAUAAAUUGUUAAAUUU